CGGAGAAGCGAAGCGUAUCUGAAUUUACUCAUCUCAAAUCUCUCUCUCCCCGACCCAAACCUAACCAUCUCCCCCGACCUCUUCGCCUCAGUUUCCUCGCCUGACGAAACCCUAGAUCCCUCAAUCUCGCACAAUCCCUCCGCAAUUUCGCUAAAGAUCCGAUCUUUUUCCCUGGAUCGAAACCCUAGAUCGAUCCGGGUCGAUCCCCUUCGCCACCGCCGCGACGAUAGCGUCGUCUCCGACGAUGGGCGCCGGUAGGGUUUGCCGCGGUGGUACCUCCGCAAGGCCCUUCCCUUCCUGCGCCGGCGCCUCCUCCUCGUCGUCAGCGGGGGCGGUGCCGCCCCAGGAAACGGCGUCGACGUCGGUGACGGAGACGGUGAACGGUUCCCACCACUUCAAGAUCACGGGGUACUCGUUGUCGAAGGGGAUGGGCAUCGGCAAGUACAUCGCGUCGGACACGUUCACGGUGGGGGGGUACGAGUGGGCCAUCUACUUCUACCCGGACGGGAAGAGCCCGGAGGACAACGCGGCAUAUGUGUCGUUGUUCAUCGCGCUGGCCAGCGAGGGCACCGACGUGCGGGCGCUAUUCGAGCUCACGCUGCUCGACCAGAGCGGCAAGGGGCAGCACAAGGUGCACACACACUUUGGCCGGUCCCUCGAGGGUGGGCCGUACACCCUCAAGUACCGCGGCAGCAUGUGGGGUUAUAAGAGAUUUUUCAAAAGAACUGCCUUGGAGGCAUCAGAUUAUCUUAGAGAUGAUUGCCUCUCGGUUAAUUGUACUGUUGGUGUUGUUAGAUCGCGCACUGAAGGACCCAAGAUCUACAGUAUAGCAGUACCACCAUCUAACAUGUCACAGCACAUUGGCCAGCUUUUGGAAAGUGGAAAGGGAACUGACGUAACUUUUGAAGUGGAUGGGGAAUCUUUUGCUGCUCAUAAGUUGGUUCUAGCAGCUAGGUCGCCUGUUUUCAGGGCUCAGCUUUUUGGUCCAAUGAAAGACAAGAACAUGCAGUGCAUAAAAGUUGAAGACAUGGACGCUCCGGUUUUUAAGGCCUUACUUCAUUUCAUUUACUGGGAUUUGUUGCCAGACAUGGAAGAGCUAACUGGCCUGAACACAAAGUGGGUGUCCACAUUAAUGGCUCAGCAUUUGCUUGCAGCGGCAGACCGAUAUGCCUUGGAGAGACUAAAGUUGCUUUGCGAAACGAAGCUAUGCGAGGAUGUUGCUAUAAACACAGUUGCAACCACUUUGGCGUUGGCUGAGCAGCACCAUUGUCAUCAGCUUAAAGCAGUUUGCUUGAAAUUUAUUGCCUUGCCUGAAAAUCUCAGAGCUGUGAUGCAAACUGAUGGUUUUGAAUACCUGAAGCUGAGUUGCCCCUCUCUUCUGACGGAGCUGCUGGAGUAUGUGGCGAAGGUGGGAGAACAUUCCGUGAGCCCCUGCCUGUAUGCAAGCGAAACACUUGACGGCAGCGAUGUGAACGGGAGGCGGGUGAAGCCCCGGAUAUAAAAAUCAUGUCCCGAAAAUUACUAGCUCACCAGAAGUUACUCUCUGUUCUUUGCCCGCCUACUUUUCCUGUAAAGAGUCUUUCAUCUUGUGGUGCUCUUCCUAGUGCCCAAGUUACAAAACUCGUUGUAGCACCUAAAUACCUGUGUGUAAUUGUUCUACUUUGCUGGCUAAUUGCAUCUACUUUCAAAGACAUGCUGAUUUAUAUUGCGGUAACUAGCAAUCAUGAAUUAUGCUAGAGUAUGUAUUGAGAUGAUCAGUGUGCUGGAAUUAUAUUGAUCAGUGUGCUGGAAUUAUAUUGCUUUCCCAA